CUGCCGCCGCCCGCCCUGCGGACCCUCGCGGGCGCGGAGGCCCGGAUGUGGGCGCGCUCGCCGAGCCGCUGCCUUUGUGACGGUGCCGCCCUGCCGGCGACGCUCCCGGUGCUGCGCCUGCAGGUGCCGAUCGCAGAGAUGAUGCUGAUGUGGACACUCAUCGGAGUGAGAAAGACCGGAGGCGGAGAAGCCAAGCCUGAGCCGAGGCCGUGGGAUCUGGAGGGGUGGGCUAGAGAAACGUCUAGGAGGGGAUUUACAGGUUGUAGUAACUGAUUGGAUGUUAAGAGGACAGAGUCUAGAAAGAUACUUGCAUUACUUGUCCCUAGAUGUCGUAUAUGUUUUUAAUUAACAAGCAGAUAAUCCUUACCGUGUGUCAGGCACUGUUUUCUGUGUUUUACAAAUAUGGACUCAUUUAAUUCUCAUAAUAACCCUCUGGUAGGCGCUAUUUAGUCCCCACUGUACAGAUGAAGAGACCGAGAUACUGAAAGGUUAAGAAGCCACCUGUGAGUAGUGGAGCGGGAUCUGAACCCAGGCAGUCUGGCUGCAGAAGCCAUGCUGUUAACCACAGUUGGGGAUAUGCACUUGAGGUUGGGGAAGAUGUAGGGGCAGAGGACAGAGUGAUCUGUUCAUUCCAGCCCAACACUGAGCCUGUCGUGAGCCAACAAUGGGAUGGACCAUGGGGUAAAAUGAGUAGGUGUGCUCCGUGCCGUGGAAGUGCCCAGGGGGCCAUUGAAACGACGGAGACUGGGAAAGACGGAGAAGCAACAAAGGGUGACCUACAUUUAAGCUCAUCAUAAUUUUAAAUUUUUAUUAGUAUUUUUAAUUAAAAAAAUGGAUGUAUAGUUGAUUUACAAUGUUGUGUUAAUUACUGCUGUACAGGGAAUUCCUUGCUUGUCCAGUGGUUAGGACUCUGUGCUUUCACUGCUGAGGAUGUGGGUUCAAUCCCUGGUCGGGGAACUAAGAUCCCGCAAGCCAUGCGACGUGGCUAAAAGAAAAAAAAAAAGUUACUGCUGUACAGCAAAGUGAUUCAGUUGUGUGUGUGUGUGUGUGUGUGUGUGUAUACAUUCUCUUUUUUCAUAUUCUUUUCCAUUAUGGUUUAUCAUAGGCUACUGGGUAUAAUUCCCUGUCCUAUACAGUAGGACCUUGUUGUCUGUCCAUUCUAUAUAUAAUAGUUUGCAUCUGCUAACCCCAAACUCCCAAUCCUCCCCUCCCCCUCGGCCACUACAAGUCUGUUUUCUAUGUCUGUGGGUCUUUUUCUGUUUCAUAGCUAAGUUCAUUUGUGUCAUAUUUUAGAUUCCACACGUAAGUGAUAUCGUAUGGUAUUUGUCUUUCUUUUUCUGACUUCACUUAGUAUGAUAAUCUCUAGUUGCAUCUAAUCAUAAUUUUUUAAGUCAUUAGAGAAGACUAAGAAGUACCAAGAUAUAUAGAGGAAAACUAGAUGAGGGGCUAGCAAAGUCAAUAAAGAGGUUCAAGAACAACUGAGAGGCCAGCAGUGCCUCUAUAACAGGUGUCAUUGGUGAAAACCAGUUUAGCACUGGUGAGGGGUCAGAAACUGUAGUGCUUUUAUUCAUGUACAUUAAGUAUGGGUAGAAUUGAAAUGGAAAUCCUUCAGAUCUCCAGAAGACAAAGGGGGCAAACAAUGUAAAAGAAAGCAAAUACAAAAAAGCCAUAAACAUAAACAUAUGGAAAAUAUUCAAACGUAGUAUUCAAAAGGUGGAAAUUAAAGAUUCAAUCUAAAUUUAAAAUAAGUUAAAAGUGAAGUGUUUACAGACUUCUACUUCUGUCCAAGAUGGAGUAACAGGGAGGGAACUUACCUGUCCUCUUGCCCAAACAAACAGCAACAACAACAAAAAGACAAAAUACAUGAAACAAUCGUUUAAAGACAUUCGAUAUCAGACCACAAAGGACAGUUAUCCCUGCGAGAUGGAAAACCAAGCAGGUUAGCCCUCUGACUGCCCCGGUUUAUUGCCUUGGCAGGGUUUCCAGGUUACAGCAGAGGAAGGGGAAGCUGAGAGGGGCUGAGCAGACCCUGAGUCCAGAAUGCAGAGCUGAGGCUGGGGAGGGCAGGGCAGCAGCCUUCACAGAGUGCAGAGGGUGCCCUUGAGUGAUCACACAAAAGCACACACGGGGGAGGAAGCUGCAGGGAACAGCUUGUGGCGUUCACAUGGGGGUUAUGGCCAUUACUGCUGGCCAGGCUGGAAAGCUCUUCUGAUUCCUGGAGCAUUGGGAGUGGAGCUAUAUGAAGCCCUGAAAGGAAAAAUACCUGUCUGCUUAGGAUUCUAUAUUUGGCAAAAGUAUAUUUCAACAACAAAGGCAAGACAACCUCCAGAAUGGGAGAAAAUAUUUGGAAGUUAUAUUAUCUGAUAAGGGUUUACUAUCCAGAAUAGAUAAAGAACUACAAUUCAACAACUAAAAGACAAAUGACCCAAUUUAAAAGUAGGUAAAGGACUUGAACAUACAUUUCUCCAAAGAAGAUAUACAAAUGGCCAGUAAGCACAUGAAAAUAAUGCAAAUCAAAAGCACAGUGAAAUACCACUUCACCCCUAAGAUGGCUAUAUAAUUUAAAAGAUGGCACAAGUGUUGGCAAGCAUGUGGGGAAGUUGGAACCCUUGUACAUUACUUGUGUGAAAGUAAAAUGAUGCAGCCACUAUGGAAAACAGUUUGGUGGGUCCUCAAAAAGCUAAACAUAAAAUUACUGGAUGAGCCAGCAAUUCCACUCCUAGGUAUACCCGUCAGCAGAUGAGUGGAUAAACAAAAUGUGGUGGGUCCAUACAACGGAGCAUUAUUCAGCCAUUAGAGUGAACUACUGAUAUAGGCUACAACAUGCAUGAACCUUGAAAACAUGAUGCUGAGUGAAAUAAGCCUGACACGAAAGGGCAAAUAUCGUAUGAUUCCCUUUUAACCUAUAAGGGAAAAGAAUCUGAAAAAGGAGACAUAUAUAUAUAUAUGUCAAACUGAGUCACUUUGCUGUACACCUGGAACUACCACAACAUUGUAAAUCAGCUAUACUUCAGUAAUAAAAAGGAUUUUUAAAAAAUAAGAGGAUUUGAUGUAGUAUUAGAACCAUUCAGUUCCAAAUGAAAUUUAGCAUGGAACUAGAGAUUGCAGGGUGCGGGAGAGGCAGUCUUCAGAGCUCUUUUCUUCCUACUCCUGGGGAUUUCGGGCACUGUAGGUGUAUUUCUGGAACAGUCAGCUGUCGUCUGGAUGUGUGGAUGUAUAGGUACAGCAGUUGGUCUGAGGGGAUCUAGGCUCACGAUUAACGAGCCCCAGGUCACAGCACCUCUCCUCAAGUUUCUGCCUUUUCCGCAGCUUCACCUGCUUGGGAUCUCCUGUUACUCAGGAAGCGUCAGGAACGAGGAGGGCAUGGAGGCCGAGUUGCUAACUGCCCGGUCCCACACGCUGGUGACCUUCAAGGACAUACUUGUGAACUUCACGAGGGAGGAGUGGAAGCUGCUGGACCCUGCUCAGCAGCUCAUGUACAAAGAUGUGAUGCUGGAGAACUACAGAAACCUGAUGUCCUUGGGGCAUCAGCUUCCCAAGCCAGAGGUGAUCCUGCAGUUGGAGAAGGGGGAGGAGCCGUGGCUGGUGGAGAGAGGAAUUCACCAAGAGACCCAUUCAGAUUUGGAGACUGCAGUUGAAGUUAAAUCAUCAGCUUCCAGUAAGAGCAUUUCUAAAGAUAAACACUCCUGUGAUGUUAAAAUGAAAAGUAUGGCAAAGAGUGAUCUCUGGUUUUUGUCAUUGGAAGAAGUCUGGACACGUGAAGGUCAGUUGGACAGGCCCCAGGACAGCCAGGAGAGACAUCUGAGCAUCCGUCGGGUCCUGCCACCCCCCGCAGGGCGCACAAAACUGGCCGUGAGGAUGGCCACCAGGGUCCGGACGGCUGCCGUCUGGGUCCCACCUCUUCAGGAGCGAGACAGCACAUGCGAUGGCAUCAGAAAGCUCCAAGGGGAGGGAUCCAUCCUGGGUCCAGAGACCCCUGACCAGAGGCCUCUCCCUGGAGGACCCCGGCAGAGGCACAAGAGUCCCGGGACAGAGCAGGUCCUAGAGUGGCUGUUUAUUUCCCAGGAGCAGCCGAAAGCGAAGAAGACCUGGGGACCAUUGUCAUUCAUGGAUGUGUUUGUGGACUUCACCUGGGAGGAGUGGCAGCUGCUGGACCCAGCUCAGAAGCACCUGUACAGGAGUGUGAUGUUGGAGAACUAUAGCAACCUAGUGUCCCUGGGGUAUCAACACACCAAACCGAAUAUCAUUUUCCAGUUGGAACAAGAAGAGCUGUGGAUGAUGCAAAUUCCAAGUGAGGGCCAUCUGGACGAAGUCUGGGAAAUUGAUGGUCGUAUGGAAUGGCAUAAGGAAAAUCAAGGCAAGCUAAGAAGUAUGUCAAAAGGCUAUCAGUGUACUGCAUUUGGAAAACUAUGUCUUCUUAGUACAGAUUAUGUUUCUUCAAGACAAAAACUUCAUAAAUGUGUCACAAAUGGAAAGAGUUUGAAAUAUAAUACAGAUUUCAGUAAUAGUUAUGCCGGAAUGAAUCCUAAUGGGUUUCAUGCACAUAGGGAAUCGUCCAUCCAUUCUAAACAUGAGCAAGCUGUUAUUGGGAUAAAAUACUGUGAAAGUAAUGAAUCUGGAAAAACUGCCAACAGAAAGUCACAGCUCAUAUGCCAACAAAUAUGUAUGGGAGGAAAACCCUUUGAAUGCAGUUACUGUGGGAAGGCCUUCAGCAGCAAGUCAUACCUUGUGGUGCAUCAGCGAACUCACGCAAAAGAAAAACCCUACAAAUGUAAUGGAUGUGGGAAAGACUUCAGCAGCAAGUCCUACCUCAUUGUUCAUCAGAGAACUCACACAGGAGAGAAACUACAUGAAUGCAGUGUUUGUCAGAAAACUUUCAGUUUCAAUUCACAACUUGUUUUACAUCAGAGAAUUCACACACGGGAGAAUCCCUAUGAAUGCUGUGAAUGUGGGAAAGUCUUCAGUAGGAAAGACCAGCUUGUUUCACACCAGAGAACUCAUUCAGGACAGAAACCCUAUGGGUGUCAUGACUGUGGGAAAGCUUUUGGUUUGAAAUCACAACUCAUUAUACAUCAAAGAAUUCAUACAGGGGAGAAACCCUAUGAAUGCAGUGAUUGUCGGAAAGCCUUUAAUACGAAGUCUAACCUCAUGGUACAUCAGAGAACCCACACGGGGGAGAAACCCUAUGGUUGUAGUGAAUGUGGGAAAGCCUUUACUUUCAAGUCACAGCUCAUUGUACAUCAGGGAGCACACACUGGGGUAAAACCCUAUGGGUGUAAUCAGUGUGGAAAAGCGUUCAGUUUGAAGUCACAACUCAUUGUACAUCAGAGAAGUCACACAGGAGUGAAACCCUAUGGAUGCAUUGAAUGUGGGAAAGCUUUUAGGAGCAAAUCCUACCUCAUCAUACAUAUGAGGACUCACACAGGAGAGAAACCACAUGAAUGCAGUGAAUGCGGGAAAUCCUUCAGUUUCAAUUCACAACUUAUUGUACAUCAGAGAAUUCACACAGGGGAGAAUCCCUAUGAAUGCAGUGAAUGUGGGAAAGCCUUCAGUCGGAAAUACCAGCUCAUUUCACACCAGAGAACUCAUGCAGGGGAGAAGCCCUAUGAAUGCAGUGACUGUGGGAAAACUUUUGGUUUGAAGUCACAGCUCGUGAUACAUCAGAGAACUCAUACAGGAGAGAAACCCUUUGAAUGCAGUGAAUGUCAGAAAGCCUUUAAUACAAAGUCGAAUCUUAUUGUACAUCAGAGAACCCACACAGGAGAGAAACCCUAUGGUUGUAGUGAAUGUGGGAAAUCCUUUACUUUCAAGUCACAGCUUAUUGUACAUCAGGGAGCACACACUGGGGUGAAACCCUACGGGUGUAAUCAGUGUGGAAAAGCCUUCAGUUUGAAGUCACAGCUCAUUGUACAUCAGAGAAGUCACACAGGAUUGAAACCCUAUGGAUGCAUUGAAUGUGGGAAAGCUUUUAGGAGCAAGUCCUACCUCAUCAUACAUAUGAGGACUCACACAGGAGAGAAACCACACGAAUGCAGUGAAUGCGGGAAAUCCUUCAGUUUCAAUUCACAACUUAUUGUACAUCAGAGAAUUCACACAGGGGAGAAUCCCUAUGAAUGCAGUGAAUGUGGGAAAGCCUUUAAUAGAAAAGAUCAGCUCAUCUCACAUCAGCGAACUCAUGCUGGGGAAAAACCUUAUGGGUGCAGUGAGUGUGGGAAAGCCUUUAGUAGCAAGUCAUACCUCAUAAUACACAUGAGAACUCAUUCUGGAGAGAAACCGUAUGAAUGCCACAAAUGCGGGAAAGCCUUCAUUUGGAAGUCGCUACUCAUUGUACACGAGCGCACUCAUGCAGGGGAAAACCCUUAUAAAUGCAGUCAAUGUGAGAAGUCCUUCAGUGGAAAAUUACGGCUCAUUGUACAUCAGAGAAUGCACACAAGAGAGAAGCCCUAUGAAUGCAACGAGUGUGAAAAAGCCUUCAUUAGGAAGUCUCAGCUCAUUGUACAUCAGAGGACUCAUUCAGGGGAGAAACCCUAUGGAUGCAGUGAAUGUGGAAAAACCUUCUCUCAGAAAUCAAUUCUCAGUGCACAUCAGAGGACUCAUACAGGAGAGAAACCCUGUAAGUGCAGUGAAUGUGGGAAGGCCUUUUGUUGGAAGUCACAGCUCAUUAUGCAUCAGAGAACUCACGCAGAUGAGAAACAUAUUGGUGAAGUAGAUGUAAGAAACUUUCUCUCAAAAGUCAGUUCACAGGAAUUCCCAGAAAAUUUGUACAGGAGAGAAACUCUGUAAAUGGAAUCAUCUCACUGUACACCAUGUAUAUGUGGCACGUGGCACAAAAAAUAUCAGUACAUGUGCACAAGGGACUCUGUGAAUUCAGUGAACCCUAUGAAAGUUCUUAGCAGGAAGUCUUGUAAGUUUGUGCAGGUGAGGAACAUUAUGAAUGAAAUGAAUGUCAGAAAGCCAUUUUUUAAUAUGCUAACAUCCACAAAGAGGAAAUUCCAUAAUGCAGACAAAUAUAGAAUACAGUCCUUUGAAAUUCAUAGUUUAUUAAGAAUUAGGAUUUUAAUGAGAGAAAACAUAAAUGAACGAAUUGCAGGUAUCAUAAGCUCAUACCUUGGAGAAACCAUGCUAUAAGUUAGGGAAAUUCUUCAUCUAGGAAUGACAAACUUCUAGUAAAAAAAAAAAAAAAGAAAAAAAUAUUUGAAUGAAUGAAGAUCUAUGAAUCUUUCAGAUGGGGUAAACACUCAGCAGGAAGGUUUAUUUACUAUUAUUUUGAUUCAUUUGGAAAAAAAUAAUUUCCUUUACAAAUUAAGGGAAAUUAUGUUCCAAACUUUUAGGAGAUGAUUGGAGAAAGUAUUCAACUAUCAAUGAUAGGCAUGUUCAUAGUGGAACAUAAAGAUUUUUUAACCUGUGUAAACAAAUAUAAUAAUCAGGAUAACAAUAAGGAUUACAUCAUAAGACCUGCAGGGAUGUUUAGGUAUUAUCUUCCUUUCUGUACUAUAAAAUAUGUUUUGUGUAGUUUUGCAUAUUCUUGUGAAUGCCACAUUUGAUAGAUAAAUUAGCUAGAUAACAGUACCAUUUUCCAGGGGUUUCUACUCUGCAUAGUGACAUUCUUAUUUAAAAAUACAACUUCUUAUUAGAAUAAUAUGGCAUUAAAAGUGCAUUUCCAUACUUUAAACCUUUUCUAUUAUUUUGUACCCUUUGUAAAUGGUCCUGAAAGCUACCUCUUUAGUUAUAUAAUCAAUAUAGUGCACGUUUCAUGUGAUUGUGUAUCUGCAAUCUGUUCUGCCUUCUCUGGUUAGAACACCUGGAUUUCCUUUAAGAGAAUUCACAGUGUAUGCAGUCAUGAUGGGAUCAUCAUUCAAGGUGCCCUGCCAGGAGUUGGCUGAGAUAGUUCAGAAUAUAAAUUUUUAAUGGACUCCUUAGUACAGAAAAUCAAACUUAGAUUUUGUUCUCAGGUAGCAUCUUGCUGCUAGUAUUAAUUAGUUCCUUCUAUAUAGAUUACCCAGAAUAGCUUUAGUUAUCGUCCUUUUUAAUCCUAGUUCACUUCUCUGUUAAUUUGAACUAUCUUGUAUCCUCUCAGUACAUUUAAGUGAUACCUUUAAGUGAUGCUGCUGAAGUGUGUAUGUAUAGCUAUAGAUUCAGGAUGGUGAAAAGUCAUUCUACCACUUGCUUACUUACAAAGUCAGUUUUUUUCACAGCCUCACCAAUUACCUUAUGUGAAUGAGCAUUAAUCUGAAAAUUAGGUUAGGCUAUCUUGGAGGAAUAUGAGGAUUCAAAACUGCAAAUAUUCCUGAAACACCCACUACUUUGUUCUCUUUACUUCAGUGGGGAAUCCCAUCUCUUACUCAAAGAAACUGCAUCUUCCUUGAAGGACGUAGUCAGUGAUUUCUGAAUCCCAAGUCCUUAUGUGUUCAGCUCAUUAUUAUUAUCCAAUGUCAAUAGACCUGGGGUGAAGAAUGAUGAUUUACAGAAGGGAAGAGAAGGCUUGCAUAAGGAAAGAAUUUCAGAUAUCUGCUACAGUCUCUCCCUUAAACCUGGAAAAUAUCAUGAAUAUGUAUUUUGUCAUUGAUGUUCCAAGGAAGAUACAUACACAAAAUAAAGAAUAAACACAUAUUCUGUUUCCCACUAUCCAGGGUCAAUUAGAUUUUAAAGGUGCUGUAUUGUGUGAUGCAAGUCCACAUUCAGCCUCUCCCAGUAGAAGCCAGAGAUGUCAACAUAAUGUUGAAGGCAUAAAUCAAAUACUGUGUGAAAGGAUAAUGCUGGAUUGGGUCUGAUUUUAAAUGAAAUGGAAAAUUUUCCAGAUAAAUGAAACUUAACAAAAAUCAAUAGAUCAGCAACCAGUAAACAAAAUAGGAAAGUUAAAAAUUGAAUUUCUGGCUUGAAAAUCUACCUAGUUCCUCUAACUCUG